AUGGGAUCUAUAUAUGGCAGUCACUGUCUUGGCUGCAACAACAUUGAAGAGGAAGGGGGAGUUGUCAAAGACAAAUUCCCAGUGCGCGCGCCAGAUGGUGUGAACCGUAAUGGAUGCAAUCGCAAUCUGGAGAGAGGAGGAAACGGAAGGAGAAAGCCGAGUACGAGUGAGAAGCCAGGUAACAUCAGAAAUCGACCAAGACGGACACAGUUGCUACAAUUUACAAUUGACUUUUCGAAUAAUGAACUUGAUCUUAAGCAUUACAUGCUUGGCGGUUCUGACAUUGCUGCGUUUUUCCGACAAUAUCAAAAUGGUGCUGAUAAAAUACUUAAACCUAUUAUGUUGGAAACAAAUGUUCAAGAAUUAUUGGCCUUGGGCGAUAAUAUUAUUACACCUAAACAAGAAAAGCUUGGACUUUUAACUCUGGCUGCUGAUAUGAAUUCAUUAAAAGGAAACGUUAUUGAAGGGAUUGGAGAUUUACUCACGAAGUUACCUUUGGACUCAAUUUUAGAGAGCAAAAAAAUUGGAGAAGUUGAUAUUCAGACAAGAUACUAUGAGCCCAUGUUAUCAGGAAUCUUAACUGACAUUACAAAGAGAUUUAUUUUGAGGUGGCCAGAUAAAACGGAUGAAACAGCACCAAAAAUAAGACCUGAUGCAAUCAUAUCAACAUUGAUACAAUUGAAAUUCGGAAGACACCUAGGGUAUGAAAAUGAAGAUCCCAUUCUCAUCUUCCAAGUCAACGGUUUCCAACUGAUUCUUUAUGUGAUACAGAGAAUCAACCACCGUUUCUACACUAUUAUAUGGCUAACAGCUCAAGCUCCAAAUACCGAAAUUUUCCCAUUCAAUAUAAUUGAUGUAAUUAGUUUUAAAAAAAAUAAUCUAGCACUUCUAUUAAUAAUACUGACUUUUACACUAAUAGGAAAAAAAAUUGCUUGGUCUCCUGUUGGAAGCCUCUCAGUACUAAAAACACCAGCAACAAGAGUGAUCGCCUAUAUUGUGCUGGGUACAGUUACUAAAGUAUACACUUUCGGUUCUAAAGUCAAGAAAGAGAAAGGCAUACAGAAGAAAGAUGUUGAAGUGGUUGAGAAAAAAGAGGAAGAGAAUGAAAGAACUAAGCAAUACUGGUCUGAUGAAAGCAAGCCAACACUCAAGGGCACGACUACAGCUCAUUAA